AGGAGCACCGCUUGAACGGCCCUGCUCCAAGCUACGGCCUGCCUCCCUCCCUCGCUCGCUCCCUCUGUAAGGCCGUCGGGGGGCGGAGGCCGGGCAGGCAGGUAGGCAGGCCGCCCGACUGGGGAGCCUCCUUUCAGCCCCGCCCGCCUUCUCCGGCAGAAAGAGCCCGCUCUCGGGAAACAUCACCAUGCGGGCCGGCUGCAACAAUUUUAUAAAGUUGGGAGGAUUUAUCAUUGCAUCUUUCUGUGCCUGGUACUUGGGGUCUCUUUUAGCAUAUAUAAUACCUGAAGACUCAAUAAUGACAACUUACGACAAUCUUCAGAACCUUGCCAAAAAACCAAAAAUUGUGGUUCCAUCCCCUAAAAGACACAAAUGUGACCAGUGGUCUCCAUGUCCGUCUCAAAGCUAUGCUUAUCGCAUACUCAGUGGUGGGGGCAAGGAAAAGUUUGCUAAAAUUUGUUUUGAAGAUGAACUGAUCAUAAGUGAAGAAAAAGAGAAUGUUGGAAGAGGAAUAAAUAUUGCAGUUGUAAACUAUGACACUGGAAAGGUUUUUGCUGCAAAAUAUUUUGACAUGUGGGAAGGGGAAUUCUCUGGACCAAUGACUGAUUUCAUCAGAAAGGCCCCCUUGAGGUCACUGCUCCUGAUGGUAACCCAUGAUGAUGGAAGUAGCAGGUUAAAGGAGGAUGGGAAAAAGGCAAUUGCUGAACUAGGAAGUAAAGAAAUACGAAAUUUGAAAUUUAGAUCAAGUUGGGUUUUCAUAGCAGGAAAAGGUUUUAAGCUGCCAGAAAAUAUAGAAAAUGAAAAGAUCAACCAUUCUGACAUGAAUAAGAACCGAUACAGUGGCUGGCCAGCUGAAAUCCAGAUAGAAGGCUGUAUUCCAAAGAACAUGACAAACUGAAUUCUCAAAUACUAUCCAUAAAACUGCAUUCUGUGCCUACCACAGUUUUUGUAAACAACAAUUUAUCAUCAAUUGCCAAUGGUCUAAGGAUAUGAACGAUCAUUAUUUAAUACUAGACAAAAAUAGUUUGAACUGUUGAGUUCAUUGAGUUCUUGCAGCAAAUCUCUUUUUUGGCAUAUAAAUGACUACAGGUGUUUUCUUCUUGUAUUAAUGUAUUAUGCUGUGACUUAUGAAAAAUCAGUUUUGCAAUCAGUAAAAUAACAUAUGUUUAUAUAUUCACAUGUUGUUUUUGGUAACCAAAGAUUAGAUUGGCAGUGGUGUGUGCAAAAGAAUCCCUUAUUUAUCCCUCCACUUAUUACGUUUUACUUGAAACUUUUAAAGGCCUAACCUAGUCAUGAAACAAGUGUUUUCAUGAUCCACAGUUUACACUUGAAUCUUUUAUCUAUUUAUUUUCAAAAAAAGUUACACUUGAAACAAUAAACAGUUUCUAUUUUAAA